AUGGAAUAUGUCGGAGGGGAAGCCAAGUGCCCGUCCGGCUGCUCGGCAAAGGCGCCUAUGGCAUCGCUGGGUGCUCAGGAAGACCAGGUCUGGAAAGUGAAAGAGAAAGAGACCGGCAGGAUCUUUGCGUUGAAGAAAUGCUUCGAUGCCUUUCAAAAUUCCACAGAUGCUCAGCGCACCUUCCGCGAGAUCAUCUUCCUCCAGGAGUUGAACGGUCACGAGAACAUUGUCCGGCUGAUGCACGUGCUGAAGGCAGAAAGCAGCCAGGACCUGUACGUUAUGUUCGAUUUCAUGGAGUCCGAUCUCCAGCGAGCCAUCGCAGCCAACCUGUUGCAGCCCAUCCAUGUGGAGUAUGUAACCUAUCAGAUCCUGAAGGCUUUGAAGUACGUCCACUCCGGGGGAGUCUUGCACCGAGAUCUCAAGCCAGCCAAUGUGCUGCUCAACUCGAAUUGCCACGUGCGUCUUUGCGAUUUUGGCUUGGCACGAACGGCCUUACCCGUAGAGGUCCAAGCCACUGGGCGGCGCAACUCGGCUGCAGCUGACGAGGCAUUGCCAUUGCUGACGGACUACGUGGCCACUCGCUGGUAUCGAGCGCCUGAGCUUCUACUUGGGUCCACCCUCUACUCGGAGGGAGUCGACAUGUGGAGUGUCGGCUGCAUUCUUGGAGAAAUGGUCUCGGGCAAGCCCAUCCUUCGGGGAAGGUCUACCAUGGACCAGCUCGAGAAGGACUGGGAAGCCGAGCGAGCAGGAUUUGCGCCGAGGGCUCAUUUGCCAAAGCACCGAUGUGCAGUCUUUGUGACCCGCUCGUACGAUGGCCGGCCUCUCGGGAUAUGGACGGGUGUGCCAGAUGGCCUCACAUUUCUCGUACUGGUAUUGCAGAAGCCCCUGCAGCAUGCCAGUCGCAAGCAUUCUGCAGAGUAUGGAUGGCUGCAUACCGUGAUGGUGAAAAGUUUGGAAGACGCGUUGGAGACAGCUGUUUGUUGCUGGCAGGAGGCCGAGCCUUUGUUAAGAUGUGACAAGAUGAUCCGGAUGCCAAUCAGCGACAUCACAAAGCUCAAGGCUUCAGACUACCGUGCCAUGGCCCCAGCUUCCAUUGGGGUCUGGCCUGUGGGGCUGGGCUCGCCAUGCUCGCCUUGCUGA